AUGAUCAUUCGACGGCAUCUCUUGCUCUUGCUUCAACUUGGAGCUGUAGCUCUUACAUCCCCCCUCAAGCAAACUCCUCUACCGAGUGUAUACGACUACCUCGAUGGAAGGAAGACACGAUAUUUCGAAGGGAAGGAUUACUUUCUCCAUAUCCCCGUGGCUCCUCCCCGCUGGAUUCUUGAUCCAGACCAGAAGGCGCUAAAGGAAGCUUCGCUCGAGCCAGAAUUCCUUGAUUUUCGUCUGGACUAUUUCCAGUCUAUGAAGGAAGCAAAUGAAACCUGGUGGAAGACUGUAGGGUGCAUCAAGUAUGCUCAGAACAAGUCUUGGGCGAACAUGCUCAAAUCUCUGCAACCUUUGAUCCUUGCUGAAGAGGAUCCCUACAUCCCGCAUGGAAGGAAGAACAUGACACGGAAGACCGCUCAUUUCAACUCGCCCAUGUAUUAUGUCUAUGAUCGCUCGACGUUCUCAUAUUUUCUCCCCUUGCGGAGUGAAAGUGACGAGUUGGUCUCGUUGUGGGACAUCACGAAGAAGUUGUGGAAAUGCUGUGAGAAUGGGCAGACCAACCUUGCAAGAACGUGUAUAGAAGCCGGUGCCUACUUGAACGCGGUAGACUACACGAACCCUCUUGGAUACACAGCGGUGUUGUGGGCUGCUUUCGGGGGACACGGCCGAACUCUUCGCAUGCUGGCUGAAAUGGGAGCCAACCUUGAAGCUAGAGACCAAUCCAACGGAAACGCCCUGCAUGUUGCUGCAAGAUAUGGUUUUACCGACGUCUGCUCCGACUUCUUCGAGCUAACAGACGGAAACUUGUACGCUAAGGACGAUUACAAGCGCCUUGCAGUGCAUGUGUCAAGCUUCUAUGGCCAUGCGGACACGACUGAGAGACUAGUGAACUUGGGAUCGAAUGUGAACGCACAAGACUACAGAAAGGAUACACCGUUGCACCUCUGCUGCUAUAAGGGAGAUUUGAGGACAGCAAAGAUCCUUGUCUGGCUCGGAGCUGACCUGUGGCGGAAAAACUUCAGAGGCAAAUCAGUCGAGAAAAUCGAACUGAGCAUUGACAGACAGCAGUCGGUCAUGGGAGAGAAGUGUGUUUUCAGAGGGAUACCGUACUCAGCCAUUCGAUGCAAAGAAAGACACCCUCACUUUCCUCCCGAGCUCUUCCACAGGAUGUCCCGUGACGAUGUAGAGAACGUGACAGCUCCCAACGAUGAUGCUUGGAAGUAUGGGAAUCCCGAGCUUGACAGCAACGACCCCAGCUCCAUCUAUCGGAACCCGGAGGCGUGGGAGUCUAUCCUGAAGAGCACGGAGGACGUCCUUGCUCAAGGGAGGAACUACUUCGCUCGAGAUGAAGGCGUGGCCGACCUUAUCAAGGAUCGAGAAGAGCAGCUCUUCUCCUCUAUGAACCAGACGCAGGCGGAGGCUGUGCGAGAUCUCUGCGACCUUAUGGUCGCUCAGGAGCGUGCGAUGAGGAAGAACACACUGACGCUGAGGCGAGGGCUGGCGAAGCGCCUCAUCCGAUUCAGGAAGAAGCUUCAGCUCAGGCAUGGACCCGCCGGUCGGCAGGACGACUUCGUUUCUGGCGUUCACGACCUCUUCCAAGGCAGGCUGGACCAGCCUCACCGGCACAAGCCACCAGACCUACUAGACAUGCAAGCUCUGAAGAACCUGCUCUGA